GCCACCUGUUCGUAGGAAGCAACAGCGGAGACCGGAGACCGGAACAUCGUAAACUUUGGGUCCGCAUUUACGUGCCGACGUUCAGCUGUCCAUUGGGUACUGGCCGUUGGGUUCGCGAACAUGAGACACACUUGGCUGGUGCUGGCCGCCUGCGUUGUGCUGGUGCUGGCGGAGUUGGUGCCCGGUUCGGAGGCCGGUCCUUAUUUUGAAGACGACGAGAGUUUCCCGAACGAGGAUGAAUACUCGGAGAACGCCAUCGAUAAACUGCUACAAACACAGAAACGUUCUUCCUUAAUUUACCUUUUCAGACGGGCCUGCAUACGCAGAGGUGGCAACUGCGAUCACAGGCCGAACGACUGCUGCUACAACAGCUCGUGCAGAUGCAACCUGUGGGGCUCCAACUGCAGGUGUCAGCGGAUGGGAUUAUUCCAGAAAUGGGGCUAAUUUCGAUCCGGACGCAUCGACACUAAUUUAGGUUUUCAUCCGUUCCCAAUUUUAUCCAGUUCUUUAUUGUAAACAGGCAUACCAUGUUUUGGUUUUUUCUGUUACUUCGACGUGCAUGAUUGUUUUCAGUUUUACGGUUCUGUUGCAAGUACUUUCGAUACGAUGAAAACCAUUUUUCGAAAUUAUUAAGGAAAGAUUCAUGGGAAAAUUCAUUCAAGAGAAAGAACUGAUUUUUAUAAGCUGCACCAGACGUCAGCCAUGAAUUUCUGCUUAAAAAUUUCGAAAAUUUAUGACGAAACAUGGCGUGAAAACGGACUAAGUCGAAUUAUAUACAAUUCAUUGAAUUUAGAUUAAAUUUACUGAUUUUGGAAUACGUAACAUAAAUGAUGAAACGACAAAAAUAUCAAGUCAAUCUAUUUUGUAUCUUACAAUUUAUUUAAUUUGAUGUUUUUCGUCUGGUAUUUAGUUCCAAAUGUUUAUAGAAAUGUGUUUGACAACGAUAAUAACAUUUUAUUCGAUUAGACCCGGCACAAAACAUUAACCACAACUAAACAAUUACAUUGUUUCGAAUAUGGCAACAUUGAAUUAACGACCUGGAUUGUUUUGUGCAGGGUCUAGAAGUGAUCUGCUCUCAUAUUAAGGGUUUCUCCAGCCACAUCCUUAAUACGACCGCAAUUGUCACUUUAAAAAAUCUAUCAGAUAUCUAUAUCAUAUAUUGUAAUUAUGUAUGUAUGUAUAGCUGUAAUGCCAUAACCUGCCUAUGAUUAAAUGAAUCAAUAGAGGCUCGUAUAUCUAAGAUUGUUAGUAAUUAUGAAUAAAAUAUAAAUAUAUAUGAAAAUUAUGUUUCUAUGUGAAAGGGUACAACAUUCACGAAUCUGUCAAUACUAAAUACAUCAAUUGG